GGGCCGGCCCGGCGCUCCUUCUGCUUCCGCGCCCAGGCCCCGCAGGCCGAGCUCCUCCCCCGGCUCGGCCUCUGUCCCCUCCCCUGCCCUCUCUCCUCCUCCUCCUCCUCUUCCUCAGUGAGGCGCUCCUCCAGCAGCCAGGCAGCAUGGCGGCUGUGGAGACGCGGGUGUGCGAGACGGACGGCUGCAGCAGCGAGGCCAAGCUCCAGUGUCCCACCUGCAUCAAGCUGGGCAUCCAAGGCUCGUACUUCUGCUCCCAGGAAUGUUUUAAAGGAAGUUGGGCAACUCACAAGUUACUGCAUAAGAAAGCAAAAGAUGAAAAGGCCAAGCGAGAAGUGUCUUCCUGGACUCUAGAAGGUGAUAUUAACACUGAUCCGUGGGCAGGCUAUCGAUAUACUGGUAAACUCAGACCACAUUAUCCACUGAUGCCAACAAGGCCAGUGCCAAGUUAUAUUCAAAGACCAGAUUAUGCUGAUCACCCGUUAGGAAUGUCUGAAUCUGAACAGGCUCUUAAAGGUACUUCUCAAAUUAAAUUACUCUCAUCUGAAGACAUAGAAGGGAUGCGACUUGUAUGUAGGCUUGCUAGGGAAGUAUUGGACAUUGCUGCUGGCAUGAUUAAACCUGGUGUAACUACUGAAGAAAUAGAUCAUGCUGUACACUUAGCAUGUAUUGCAAGAAAUUGUUAUCCCUCUCCCCUGAAUUAUUAUAAUUUCCCAAAGUCUUGUUGUACUUCAGUGAAUGAAGUGAUAUGCCACGGGAUUCCAGACAGACGGCCCUUGCAAGAAGGUGAUAUUGUUAACGUGGACAUCACUCUUUAUCGCAAUGGCUACCAUGGGGACUUGAAUGAGACGUUUUUUGUCGGAGAUGUGGACGAGGGAGCACGGAAACUGGUUCAGACCACGUAUGAGUGCCUGAUGCAAGCCAUUGACGCAGUGAAACCUGGUGUUCGAUACAGAGAAUUGGGAAACAUUAUUCAGAAGCAUGCCCAAGCAAAUGGGUUUUCAGUUGUUCGAAGCUAUUGUGGGCAUGGAAUCCACAAGCUUUUUCAUACAGCCCCUAAUGUACCCCAUUAUGCCAAAAAUAAAGCAGUUGGAGUGAUGAAAGCUGGCCAUGUAUUUACAAUUGAGCCAAUGAUUUGUGAAGGUGGAUGGCAGGAUGAAACCUGGCCAGACGGUUGGACCGCCGUGACGAGAGACGGAAAGCGGUCUGCUCAGUUUGAGCACACCCUGCUGGUCACGGACACUGGCUGUGAAAUCCUGACCCGGCGACUUGAUAGCACGCGGCCUCACUUCAUGUCCCAAUUUUAAUUUCUCCCGAGAUGGCACAUCUCAGUAAUACCUUCUGGCUGUACUAUGCAUUUUAUUGAGAGUACAGAAUGGAAGAGGAGAUUUUUAUUACGUGUUUUGUUUUGACUAUAGAUAAGGAAGACUACAGCAUUGGAUGUGUGUCCUCAAGAACUUGACUUGGGUCUGAAAAAGCUGAGAAGAAUAAAAGAAACAUUCUCAACUCUUUUCAGUAUUCCCCUCUCCCUCCAGAAAUCUCUGCACCCCUGUUUUCUCACUUGGCCUUUGAGCACUUUUUACGUAAACCUGCUUCUAGUUGCUUUUAUCACUGCCACAACUGGGCCAGCAAGAGCCAGCUGCUCUUCAGGUGAAUGUGGAAGAUGAGAAUCCUUGAAACUUUAGCAACAUAUGUUGUUCCAGAUUUUUUUUUAUUAUAUAUGUAUGGAAAUAUAUAUGUAUACAUUUUAAAUUCCAUGUAUGUAAUUCCUGAACACUAUAUGACCUGGGUUUGUGUUAAUUCUGCCCUGCCAGUGCUAUAUGCUGUCAUAAAUGGACCCAUUGUUUGCAGUGAUUUAUUUCCCAGUUGGGAAUUUGGCCUCCCUCCUUCCCCAUGCUACUUAUUUACCCUUGUAAUUGUGUGUAAGGAAGCACUCGGUCAGUGAGACUUCCUCUCCGGUGUGGACUCUGUCAGUGAAUGGUUGUGGCAAAAUUCACUUUGGAAAAGGGUUGUCACGUUUUAAAAACAUCUAGUUUCUGGCAAAAAUAGCCAUGCUUCAUAUGAUAGCUGGCUGUUUCAGAGCAUGAGCGUUUUGUGAUACAUUGCUCUUUCAGACCUCUUUCUGGUCGAAAUGGGAGGGAAAAAGCUCCCUUUCUUCCCCUCUAUUUUAUUUCAAGGGCAAACCUUGGAGAUAUUCAGAGAAGGGUGAACGGUUGCACUGUGGAGGUUGAUGGGAAGAGACAGUUCUGAAAUCUUUUUGGCAGUGAGCAGAGUAAGUCAGGUGGGCUGUUAGCUUCUGACAUUUAGUAAACCUGGUAGUGAUGAGAAAGGAACUUCUUUGAAGAUUGUACUGUUCCCUUGCAGUAGAGAUGCAGCUGUCCGUGGUGUGUUGAAAACACACUUUACCUUGACAUGGUUGGGAACCUCAUUAGAAAUGACCCCAGCUGCCCAAUAUCUUUGUUCCUUUCAGUAGUUCAGUCCAAAUGGAAGUGUAUCCAGGGAACACGUAUCAGAUCAAAGUCGUUGUCAUUGGAGUGUACUUGAUUACUGGGUAUCUGGUAACUUUCUUGUAAGAUAAUUUGAUACCACUGACAUGUUAUAUGAGAACAUCUUUCCCAGAGUGCCUCAGACCUUUAUUGCUUUAAAAGAAUUAUGAUAAUGUUUUCAUUACUUUUAUUAUUUUAAUGAUUUAGUGAAGUGACUGAAUCUGGUAUAGACUUUUGGGGUAUGUGUGUGAAAUUUUUUAUCAAACUGUAAUAUUUGUGAAUGGAAUGCCUUGCAAUAUGAAUGUUAAUAUAAUGUGUAAAGGGAGAUUAAAAGUUUGAACGAUUAUUCCCUCCCCCCCCCCCCCCCCCCCCCCCGUGUAGUUAUUAACUUUGCUGCAUUUGUUUGGGGUUUCAGAGGGAAGUGGCGGGAGUAGGGUGGCUGAUUUCACAAUCUAAAAUAAACUCAUGACCAUUUGAGUGAAGAGUUUUUUGAGUUUAACGGCUACAUAAUUUCAGUACUGUGUUUAGUUCACCAGAGCCUAUCAGCAGUAUUUGAGAUGCAACCAUAGUUUUGAGAGCUUUCAAGACAGAAUGCUGAAUAUUUAGGGAAUCAUUUUAGGUACUGAUGGUAGAAUUAACAGUGUGGGCUUCUUUGAUAUCUAUCAUUAGAAUAUAAGCUUGAGGAAAAAAUAUCUUGAUAGGAUAAUUUUUUUGUAAAAAGGUUAACAUUGGUGAUGAUGCUUUUUUCGGUUUGGUAGAUUUCAAAACAGUAUGGGCUCUAGUCUAAUUGUAUAUAUCUAAUUUAAAAUGUUUAUUAGAUGAGAAAGCUUCACGUUUCAUUAUUCUGCCAACUUUUCAGAGUGUAUUAACUUUUUAUUUUUUGUGUCAACUUAAUUUUUUUAAUGUUUGUUUAUUUUUGAGAGAGAGCAUGAGCUGGGAAGAGCAGAGAGAGGGAGACACAGAAUCCAAAGCAGGGUCCAGGCUCUGAGCUGUCAGCACAGAACCCGAUGCGGGGCUCGAACUCCUGAGCUGUGAGAUCAUGACCUGAGCCGAAGUCGGAUGCCAAACCGAUUGAGCCACCCAGGCACCCCUUGUGUCAGCUUUUAAAGUAAUACAUACAGUUUUUCCUGCCAGUCCUUAAGCCCCCUUGGAAUUAUAAUUUAGAAGCAGGGAAACAUUUGCCUUUAAAUUUUAUGUCUUUUGCUGAUGUAGUCGAUUAAGGUACAUUAGGACCCAUUCACUGACACUUUAAUACCACUUGCCACGGGUCGAAAUUUAAUAGGAGGUUGAGGAAUUUGUCCUCUUACCUUGAUUCUUUUGUCCUAUAACUACUAUUUUUUUCUUUGUGUUUGGUUAAUAUUGCAGGCAUGGUGCUUUACUUUUUGCUAAGGCCCCCAGAAUGCACCCUCAUGGUAUCUGUAAGCUGUUUUUUAAAAAAAAAAAAAAAAAAAAAAAAAAAAGUUUUUUACUUCCAACUUUGCAUUUUGAAAAUUUUCAGAUUUACAAAAAAGUUGAAAGUAUAGUACAAGGAAAUGAUCAUAUACCCCUUAUCUGUAUUCAGCGAUCAUUACUUUGCCACAUCUCUCUCUUAAGCACCUUCCUUUUGAAACAAAUGGCAUCAUACUUCACAUUAUUGCAGCUUGUCUGUUAAGAUGUAAGGACAUUUCUUACAUAGUAAGAACUGUCAUAGUACCACACCCAAGGAAUUUAACAUUGAUACAGAAUUAUCUAAUGUAUAGUAUAUACUCAAAUGUGAGUCUCAAUUUUUUUCCAAAUGUUCUUUAAAGCUUCUCUCUUUUCUAAAUCCAGGAUCUAGACCCAUGCAUUUGGUUGUCCUGUAUCUGUAGUCUUAUUUACUCUAGAACAAUUCUACCUUUUUUAGUGCUUUAUGAAAUUGACACUUAAUAAAGCAGGCCAGUUAGCUUAUAAAUUUCUGUAUUUCUCUGGGAGUUUCUCAUGAGAAAUUUCAAGAUAAAUAUUUUGGCAGAAGACUCUACUGAUGGUAUGUGGUAUGUCUCAUUCGUUGUGUCACAUCACAUCAGGAGACACAAUGUUACUGUCACAUUAUUGCCAAUAUAAGUUUGAUCACUUGCUUUGUCAGAUCUUUCCAUUUUAAGAAUAGUUUUCUUUUCUUUAAAAAAAUUUUUUUUAAUGUUUAUUUUAUUUUUGAGACAGAGAGAGAGCGAGCAUGAAUGGGGGAGGGUCAGAGAGAGGGAGACACAGAAUCUGAGACAGGCCCCAGGCUCUGAGCUGUCAGCACAGAGCCCGACGCGGGGCUCGAACUCACGGACCGCGAGAUCGUGACCUGAGCCGAAGUCGGACGCUUAACCGACCGAGCCACCCAGGCGCCCCUAGAAUAGUUUUCUUUUCUGAAGCAAAUAAUCUGGGAGGAGAUACUUGAAGACCAUUUGGAUAUUCUUUUCACUCAAUGGUAUUAACGUGCACUGAUAAUCCUUGCCAGAAUCCAUUAUUUUAUUACAUUGGUGGCUGCAAAUUGAGACUGAAAUCUAGCAUUCCAUUUACAUUUUAUUAGCUGGCACCCUUUUACAAAGAAGCAUUUUCCCCCCUCCUUUUUUUUACCCACAGUCGUUGAGUGUUGUCAAUGUGGGCUCAUCAAUUCUUAAAAAUUCUAUUUAAUUACUGUAAUUGUCCCAAAUUUGGCCAGCAGAAGCACCUUUAAGCUUAUUCAUGUGUCAUUGUGACCUGCGCCUAUCAGUCUUUGAGCGCUUUCUUUUUGCUGUAGCAAGAUGUUGUAAGUUUAUUGUACAGCUUUCCUGUCUCACACUGGGACAGGCUGUUUCUCCAAGGAGCCCUCGUUCCUUUUCAUGGGGAAUGGUAUUUGGAAAUGAGGAUCUGGGUGCUACUGGGUGUCCUUGUUGCCAGGCACUUUCAGGGAACAGAGCCAGGAAAUGUACUUUUUAUAAAUCAUGAAUUCGUUCUGAUACUUUCAAAUCUAACACUAAUCUUCCUCAUCUUUUUCUGUUUCAUAUUUAUAUCUGCUUUAUCCUAUGGUGAGAACUUUGGUUCUGAACAGCAUUAAUAUUUAUUUGCUGGAUUCUGUAAGACAUGUAAAAUUUAGAAUUACUGUAUCAAAAUCACUACCAACAGUGAACUUAAGUGCAAAAUUUGUGAUUCUUGAAACCUGUCUCACUACGGGAGUAUAGAUUAUUGGUUUGUUACUUGAAGUAAUUUUAUUCCUACUGUAUCCUAAAUUUCGUAAACUGUGAGCUCCUUUUUGACAAUACAGUGCAUCUUGGGGGCAAAAGGUACAGUAAGAGGAAUGGGAAGGAUAGUGAUCUGGGAGUUAGAAGUAUUGGAAAGGUUUCAGAUAGUGUGGUAAGAUUCUGUCUACAUUUGGUGUUUGACCUCUACCAAACUCUGGAGCUAUAAGAGGAGCACAUGAUACCACUUUGUAAUGUAGAUGUGUGGCCCAUUUUCCAGUAGAGAAAAACAUCUGGGCAUUAUUGUCUUAGCAACAGAUUGUUUCACAAUGUAGGCUACAUUUUGCUAAUACCCUAAAAGUUAUUAAUGUGUUGUUUCAUUUUAAAAAUGAACACCCAAGGAAAGGUUAGCUUAGCACAGGCUCCCCCACGUUUGAACCCUGAGGAGCAAGCAGCCUCUGGUGGCAGCCUCUCCUUUACCUCUUCUUCCUUUUGGUGCUAAGUAUGAAAAAGAAAAAUAGCGCUUUGUAUUUGGUUAUUUUGAGAAAAAGAAAGCAGGAAAUAAGGUGGCCUUGGCUGCCUCUCAUCAUUUUGGGGACUGUGGAGGAGCAAAAACACAGCUGUCGGUCUAUAGCGAUUCUGUGGUUAUAUUGCAACAUGUGUCAAUGCUGGGGUCUUAGCAAACUGUGCCAAUAAGUCCAGUGGAGCAGUGAAGAAGGCUUCCUGGAAAGGUAUCAGUGAUAUGUUUGUUACGGCUCAAAGUCUUCUGGUAAUUAUUUUUUACUGAUGUCUAGAACGUUUUUACCAUUGUAAAACUUUUAGUAGAGGCAUCGCUUACAUCUCCUGGAUGCUUAGCCCUUUUCAUGUUACCUCGGCCUCCUCACCUCACCCUCAAGAACAAACGUGCUAAUACUUUUCCAAAACUUGUAGGUACAUUUGUAUUUUCGUGUCAUGAGAAGAGCACAGGACCAACAGUCAGGACCCCAGGGCUCUGAUUUCUCCAGUUUUUUAUUUGGUUGCAAGACUAGGACAAAUCCCUAUACUUAUCUAUGGAGAGACCUAUUUGUGGAAUGAUACCAUUAGCAACUAUUUUAUUCUAUAUAUAAUGUGACUAUAAAGCAAAUUUAUUUCAGUAGUUGGGUCAGGGGUCAACAGAAAAUUCAGGCCGGAAUUUUUACUUUAUUAGUCAAUCUGAUUCUGAGGAAACAAAAUAGCCAAGGAUAAGAACUUUUAGUCUGAAGAUCUAUGUUAGAGAAAGAGCAAUAGAUACUUACUUUAAAGCACAUUUUCACUGUUUAUGUUGCUUAAUAUAUCCUGGUUUAAUAUAUCCAGCUUCAGUCCAUUUUUAAACUGGAGGUAGUUGACUAGCACUCCUUUCUUGAAAGGGGCUUGUGCAAAUUUAUCUCAUCACAAGGAAUUCUGAUAUGAUGUCCACUUUGAUAAAAAUCAGUCCACAUUUUAAAAACCAUCCCACCUACUUAGUGCCCAUAAAGUUCCACCAAAAGAAAUUUGUAUAAUGGAGGACUUUGUAUGGCCCUGUUCACUUUGUAGUUGUUUCUUUAAAGACAUGAUUCCCUUAGUUCUAUGCAUUUAUUAUCUAAAUAUCUCUUUAAAUAUAAUAAAAUGUUCUCCA